AUGAAAUAUUCCAUUCUGUAUUCAUCGCUUCGCGACGAAACUUUCGCGCAGACUACUUUGAUGGCAGUUUUGGUUGUCUCUAUCACCAGACUACGCGGAAGUACUGGGGAAGGUAUCAUGAUUGCAUUUCGAUCUACCGUUUCUUCUGAUACUGUCACUCUGUUUUGCUACCUCCUGCGCUCCUGCGAUAUCUAUCGAUACGACAAACUAGGACAAGAAGAUUUCUCCAGUUUUCAUGCGGCCAUAAGGAGGAUGCUCAGGAACAAUUUGCGAGGUGAAUCUUGCGGCAUCGCUUAUUCACAGAAUUGUUGCUGUCCAUGCAGACCUACCACGCGCAGAAAUAUUGUCGGACCUCUAAUCCAAGAAGUGAGAUUAAGUAUGUGCGCGAGGGAGGAGGUCUGCUGAAUUUCGGUCCGCGUUUUUGCAGUUUCACUGAUUUCUAUAUACAU